AAGACCGUGAGAAUUUCAUUCAAGGGAUUAAAAUCAGGGGCAUUCAAUUGAGAACUUGAGGUACACAACUCGUCUCAUAUAUUCAAAGGCAACACAAAUAUAUGAACUCUAAAUGCCCCUGGAAUUUCAGCAACGCUCAAGAGAUCGAUAAAUUGAUUGUCAUGAAGCCCUGUCGAGACAUUCUAAGCACACUCAACGGCUUCAAAUGCCUUCUCAUUCCGAUUCCGUGCCAGUUACCUUUCCCAGCGCUCGCGGAAGAGUCUCUACUCGCGCAUAAAAUGGUUUCAGUGUCUCUCGUAGAAAUUCUUUGCCUCACUUCUGCAAUCCACACAGUGAUUGCAUCACAUCUCUUCCGCAACAACACAGAGAGCGCAGAAUUGGUGUCCAAUUACGACUCCAGUCUCUCUCUUCCGGACAUUCUGCCCGUGCGGAUAAAGCAGUAUGACAAGAAUCGCGCCCCGAAGCUUCUCGGACAGCCAACUGUGGUCUACUUCCACGUGACUGUCCUCUCACUGGACUCAAUCAACGAGGAAUCAAUGACGUACGUCACGGACAUCUUCCUGGCACAGAGCUGGCGAGAUCCCAGACUGCGAUUGCCGGAGAACAUGAGCGAAGAGUACAGAAUCCUCGAUGUGGACUGGCUGCAGAGCAUCUGGCGUCCAGAUUGCUUCUUCAAGAACGCCAAGAAGGUCACUUUCCACGAAAUGAGCAUCCCCAAUCACUACUUGUGGCUCUAUCACGACAAGACGCUGCUGUACAUGUCCAAGCUCACGCUCGUCCUCUCCUGUGCCAUGAAAUUCGAAUCCUACCCGCACGACACGCAGAUCUGCUCCAUGAUGAUCGAGAGCUUGUCUCACACUGUCCAGGAUCUUGUCUUCAUUUGGAACAUGACAGAUCCACUCGUCGUCAACUCAGAGAUUGAGCUUCCUCAGCUGGACAUUGCGCAAAACUACACCACAGACUGCACCAUUGAGUACUCGACUGGGAACUUCACCUGCCUGGCGGUCGUCUUCAACCUGCGCCGGCGCCUCGGCUACCACCUCUUCCACACCUACAUCCCCUCAGCGCUGAUCGUGGUCAUGUCCUGGAUCUCCUUCUGGAUCAAGCCAGAAGCCAUUCCCGCGCGCGUCACGCUCGGCGUCACGAGUCUCCUCACUCUGGCGACACAGAACACGCAGUCGCAGCAAUCGCUUCCGCCCGUGUCGUACGUGAAAGCCAUCGACGUGUGGAUGUCCUCGUGCUCCGUCUUCGUCUUCCUCUCGCUCAUGCAGUUCGCCGUGGUCAACAACUACAUGGGCCCAAUCGCCACGAAGGCCAUGAAGGGCUACUCGGACGAAGAUCUCACGGACAUGGAAGAGUACAAGGUAUUCUCAGUGCUGCACUCCACGGCAGAAUCCUCUAAUCUUGACCCUUUUCCUCCACAGAACGGAAAACCCCGACCCAGCAUGACUUUGCCACAGUACGAAACCUUUUGCUACGGACGCGAAACUGCCAUUUACAUCGACAAGUUCUCGAGAUUCUUCUUCCCAUUCUGCUUUUGCAUCCUCAACAUCGUCUAUUGGUCGACUUUCAUGUGAAGAUGCCUUUUUGUCUAAUAAAUUCACUGACUAAUUAUUUUCCCCGCAAGUUUUCAUAUCGAAAUUCCCUG